AUGAUUACAACAGUUUCAGCUUCUCGUCCGUUCCCCGGCCGAAGCAACGUACCACCGGUCCAAACCACUCAGGGAGCAACUGGCUCGGCCCAUGGGCCCAAUUGGGAGUACAAUUGGGGUUGGGGCUCGACCCCAAACUCGGGCUGGGGUUAUGGGUCGGGUUCGGGCCGGUCAUCGACCGGUUGGGGAAGAGGGUAUGGAUUCGGGUUCGGGUCUGGUUCUGGAUCCGGGUCAGGAAGCGGGUAUGGGUACGGUUCCGGCGGCGGCGGAGUCCACGAUGGUGGUGUCGCCGGUCUGAACCACGAGACAUAA